AUGAUGAUGACUGGCCGUGUGCUGCUGGUGUGUGCUUUUUGCGUGCUGUGGUGCACUAUAGGUGUAGUUGCGGACGGUGAUACGGAAGAGGUUUUGGAGGACUUUGUUCCGCCGUCCCGGGCUGAUGAAACACAAGAAUUACAAGAAGAAUUGCGGGGCAAGGGACAUUCAGCAAAUGACGAACAAGUCGAUGAAACACAAGAAUUACAAGAAGAAUUGCGGGGCAAGGGACAUUCAGCAAAUGACGAACAAGUCGAUGAAACACAAGAAUUACAAGAAGAAUUGCGGGGCAAGGGACAUUCAGCAAAUGACGAACAAGUCGAUGAAACACAACUUCAAAAACCACAAAAAGAAGGAGGAGGCCACCAAGCAGAAGAUCCACUUCAACCAGUUGAACGAUCUGUGCGAGCAAAACUGCAAUCUGAAGGGCCUCGAGUCGAAGAAACGGGCAAUCAAAUUGAACAAGAACAAUUACUACGGGGGACACAACGAAAUCCAAACGUUGAAAAUAAAACCCCAACCAUGCCUGUAGAUAAACCCCAAGGAAGCGAUGGAGAAGGUGAUGUUUCUAACGAAAAAGAAAAACAAAAAGUAAAAGAAACGAUUUCUCAAAUUAAAGAAGAAGUUGUUGCACCUGGCGCAGGUACUCCGGAAGCGAUUUCAAUUGAGGGUCACCAGGAAGCAUCACGCAACCCCGCAGAAAAAACCUUGGUUGAAAACAAAGACAUUGCUAAAGAAAAUAAUGUUAAAAAAGAAGAAAAGGAAAAGAAAAGUGAACAACAAGAACUUCAAUUAAAACAAAAAAACGGAAAACAAGUGACGCUGCAUGGCUCACCCACAGGGCCAGCGGCAACACAAGGCUCACUGGCACCUGUACCGCCAGAAGGAUUGCAACAGAAGCAGAUCAGCGACGGUUCAACAAAACAGCCAGAAGGAGAAGCUCCUUUAAUUGGCACAGAAAGUACAUCAGAUGGAACUACCGACCCACCAUUGCCAUCCGUUUCUACAGGUGCUGCUGUUGCUGCCACUUCUGAAUCCGACAAGAGAGAAGUAAAGGUUAGCGCCAUUGCUGAAUCCAACGAAACAACGGUAAAUGAAACAGACGACCAACAGGAGCGAAUUGGAGAAAAAGACGAAGAAUCCGCGAAGGGUAAAACAGCCUUUGAAACAAACCAAACUGAAAAUAUAGACGAUAGUGACGGCAGCACCGCGGUCUCCCACACCACCUCCCCUCUUUUGCUUCUUCUUUUUGUUGUGUGUGCUGCUGCUGCGGUGGUGGCCGCGUGA